AUGCAAUUCCAUCAUCAACCCCAACUGUCAGUUAACUCUGUUCAAUCUGUCAUUGAGCCAGUGACUCCGCCGUUGGGCCAGAUGAACUCUAAGAAUAACCAUCAAAGAACACAUUCUUUGGAUUUGUCUGGAUUCAACCAAUUCAUUUCCAACACUUCUCCUCUGAAUGUCAAUACAAUGUCACCGCUGAGUACGAUUUCUGCCACGACAUCCGUGUCAACGGCUGCGUCUAGUUCUGCCAAUGCGAAAAAUCGUAUGAAAUCGUUGCCCUUGAUCAAUGAAUUCGAAUCCAUCUUACCUCCGGGAGGUUCUGCAGCUGCUGAUUUAACGUCAUUGACUUCAACUGCUUCUUCACCAAAUGGUUCCACUAGUACAUCUCGUGGGACUGGCGCACGCGGGAAUACAGUGUCGUCAAGUGGUGGUAAUACUGGAUCGAACGCAUCAUCAGCAUCGUCUUCAUCAGCGUCAUCAUCUACUGCGACAACUUCUGCAGUGACUUCCAUGAACGAUUUGCAUAAUAUCCGAUUGAAGGACUUGGAUUACGUGAAAUUGUCUACAGACCAAUACGGUUGUAGAUUCUUGCAACGAAAGUUGGAAACUCCUCAAGAAUCGGAUCAAGUGAGAGAUUUAAUCUUCGAGAAUGUCAACAAUUUCUUCUUGGAUCUAAUUUUGGAUCCAUUCGGUAACUAUUUGAUUCAAAAGCUAUGUGAUUAUUUGACAACUGAUCAGAAAACCGCAAUGAUUAAAGAUAUCUAUCCCUCUGUAUUCCAAAUCUCCAUCAAUCAAUAUGGUACCAGAUCCUUGCAAAAGAUCAUUGAUACCGUUGAGACCCAAGAACAUAUAGAUAUGAUCAUUAGGGGAUUUUCUCAGGAGCAUACAUCAAUUGAACAGGUAGUCACUUUGAUUAAUGAUUUGAACGGUAAUCAUGUCAUUCAGAAAUGUAUCUUCAAAUUCCAACCAGCAAAUUUUGAUUUUAUCAUUGACGCCAUUGUCAAUAACGAUAACAUCAUUACCAUCUCAACUCACAAACACGGGUGUUGUGUACUGCAAAAAUUGUUGAGUGUUUGUACUCUGCAACAGAUUUUCAAGAUUUCUGUCAAGAUAAUUCAGUACUUGCCCUCCUUGAUCAACGACCAAUUCGGUAACUAUAUUAUCCAGUUCUUGUUCGAUAUCAAGGAGUUGGAUUUCUACCUGUUAGGCGAAACUUUCAACAAAUUGUCACAAAAGUUGUGCCAGUUGUCCUGUUUAAAGUUUUCUUCAAACGUUGUUGAGAAAUAUAUAAAGAAGUUGUUUGCCAUUGUGAUGAAUUAUGUGUCCAACACAGCAACUACAUCUACAUCAACAGCGGCUUUGAAUCCACAUGACAGAGUCGAUGAUGGGGAUGAUGUUGUUAACGCUUCCAUGGGUAUUCUUUUGGUAAUUGCUGAUAUCUUCAUGGCUAACAUUACUUCUUUGAUAAGAGACAACUAUGGUAACUACGCAUUGCAAACUCUUUUGGACGUCAGAAACUAUUCAGCUAUUCUAGAACAUCCAAGAAAUAACAUUGUGUACAAUAAUCCUCGGCUAGCAAGUUUCAGUCAUGAGUUCACUGCCAAGAUCAGUAACCUCAUUGUAAUCACCAAGGAGCUGUUGCCAAGUAUCAAAAACACAUCAUACGCGAAGAAGAUCAAAUUGAAGGUAAGAGCAUACACGGAACUUACAGGAAUCACAUUUGAUGAUGUAACUCCAACAAAGAAAAAGGUUAAUGAACCAUUCCGUCAACAAAACAAGCACCAUUCUCGCAACUUUUCUCUGCCUUCCAAUGCAUAUCUGAACAACAGGAACAAUGGUCCAGGUAACAAUAAUACCAAUAACCAUCAAUUCCAAAGAAACACUAACUUCCACAAUAAUAUAAACACCGGCGGUGAUAAUAGCAGCAACCAUCACCACAAGAAGAAAAACAGCAUUCAACAACAGAUGACACUCCCACCUUAUCAACAGAAUGUUCCGCAGAUGCCAAUGGCUUCUCAACAUGAUUAUUCAAUGCAAACACAACAGCCACCGCCAUUUCAACAGUUGCAACCACCGGCACCGGAACAUCAACAACCUCAUCUUGAUCAGUAUUUGAACAAUCAAAGCAUGCAGCAACCAUUAUUAAUGAACUCCAAUUUGCAUUUCUCCUCAAAUAAUGUUGCUAACAUGCCAGCUCCGAUGUACAUGGACUCACAAUACCCAACACCACAAUCAAAUAGCUCUAUGAUGUAUGGGUUCCCAACUCCAAGUCAACCAGGGUUGACUUCCAAUAUGUCCCAAUCAUCAUUUGUAUCUUUACCGGGAAUUCUCAAUGGAUCUAAUAUGGUUCCAAUGUCGGAUUCACAAUCGAAUACCCCUCCAAACGGGAUGCCCCCACGCUCCUCCUCCAAUAUAAUGCAGCAUAACAGAAAUGUCAGCUUUCCAAUGUUUGGUGACAAUUCCACAUAUUUCAAUUAA